UAAAUGUGACGUCAUUGCACUUCCCUGGCGACUAUGUUAUUUUGAUAUGGCGGCAGAUUUUUUAUUUUGCAGAAUAUGCAAAAUUCUGAAUGAUGCAGACCUAUAGGGCCUACCCACUUUAAGGAGAUUCUCUGUGGUGGCCGUUUAUCUGGCAGUCAUACACAACUGUUCUGGGUUUAAACAUGACCAAGAAAUACCAGCAACGAGCUUUCUCUGGAGGUAAAUCCACUAACAUAAAAACCCUAGAACAGCAACCAGCCAAGUUUGCCACUGCAAUCUGUCCUUUGAACUUGGAAGAGCAGAAAGAGCGAUUUUUAAAACAUGGGAGGCUACCAAAAUUUGUGUUGAAAGGCUCCGAGGAAGAAAUCGAGCACCUUUACAACAAAGCCAGUAAUCAGAUUAGAUUUGAUCUAUUUGGAGAAGCUGAACACAUUUUGAAUGUUGUGAAGCAAAAAUACGGAGAUGGUCAUAAAUACCUGGAAGCUAUGUAUGGAGAGAAAAUUACCAAAGAUGCAGCCAAUGAUAUCUUAUUGGAGUACCUUAAGGAAAAUAAAUUAGAUGGAGCCAUGAGCAUUAUAUGGUGUACUAAUUUAGCUUCAAGUGCCAGAAUGAUGUGGGUUGGCCCACAUGCAAAAUACAACAAACCAGAAGCAAGGAGUUACUCUUUCUGGAUCAAGAACACGGAUGACAACAACUUCCUCAGGGAGUGUGGAAUCCGAUGCCUGGCAGACCACGAAAUAGGAACACAUUUCUUUCGAUCUUUUAACGAUGGUUUACAGCCUUGGUUUAUGGACAGGAAGCGCUUUGGUGUUCGAGGUCUGGGGAGUUUGGAACAGCUUCGGACAGAGGAGGGGCUGGCCUGUAUCAACACAGUGCUGAAUGCCAAAGUCCGAUACCUAUGGAGCUCAGCUCUUCAGUAUUAUGCGGCCUGUAAAUCAGCAGAGAUGACAUUUAAGCAGCUGUUUGAUCACCUUACCGUGUUUGUCAAAAGCCCAGACCACAGAUGGCGCCUUUGCAUGAGAAUUAAACGAGGAUUGAUAGAUCCCAAUGAUUUGGGUGGUUAUGGAAAAGAUCAGUGCUAUUUUGAGGGUGCUGUGGAAAUAUUACGCAACAUAGACAACAUUGAUUUCCAGGUUUUGAUGAGUGGUAAAAUGUGUGUGGAUGAAAUGAGCAGGUGCAAACGGUUAGCACGACAAGACUGUCUCCGCAUGCCAGCCUUUAUGAAAAAUGAGACAAAGUACAAAAAGAAUCUCAAAGCUAUUGCAAAUUUGAAUGGUUUGAAUACUCCUCGGCCACGUAUUCAUCCCCCAAUAGCUUAUAUACAACGUCUAAAAAGGGGGCGAAGAAUUGGCCCCGAGAACUCUCGCAAGGUGAGAAAAAAAUAUAGGAAAGGGAGAGGUGGUAAAUUUCGGGUUAAAGGUCAAAGUUCUGAUAGCUUUUCAUCUGAAGCCACAGAGAGUGAGUGUGAGGAGGGUAGUUGCACUAGUUUGAGAUCUAAAACUGAAGCACAAGAAAUGCAGGGAGGGGAGACAAUAAAAAGAUUUCCGACAGAGUCCAGUGCUGACAGUGGCAUUUCUUCCGAUCUUGACUUGCCUCACCAUGAUGCAGGUCUAGAUCCCUCUGAAGCUAAAUUAAGAUCUAAUAACAACAAUGAAAUUCUUAAUGAUUUGUCUGAAGAUUGUCCCGCUUCUCGUUUAUCUCCUACUUCACUGUCUGGGUCCAUUUGGAGCUUGAAGUCGGUAACAACCAACACAAACAGCAACAUCUGUACCACUGUUAUCCACCAGGACCAGUGCCCUGACCAGAGCCCUGACCAGUGGAGUAGCCGGUCUGAGGUAACGCUGCAUGGCUCGCAGACUGAAAGCGGAUUGUCUGGGUUUUCUUAUCUAACUGAUUUUGGCGUGAAAAAGUUGAAGUCAAUUUACCCCGACUCUGUCUAUAAAAAUUCACAUUCUCCAGAAUUGUGCUCCAGUGUAUCAAGAGUUGUCAAAAUCUUUGAGUCUGGCAGAGAAAAUUUCAUAUACCCUGAAAAGUGUAGUUUAUUGGACAGUGAAGAUAAUGUUCGUUGUACCAAAUCUGCCAUAGAAAGUGCGUUUACUUCAUGUGUUCAAACUGAGAGAGAGUGUUCCUUUUCUCCGUUUCCUAAGUUGUUAACGAGGCGGGCGAGGUCUGCCUCCAAUAGAUUACCCUCAGACUCCACAAAAAUUGUGCCAAAGUAAUCAAAGAUUAUGCAAUUCUGGAGAUAAUGAAUUUUCAUACAGAGAACUGAAUGUACAGUACACAAUAUUUUUUAAGGAGGCAACUCCUCAUUUCAGAAACACAUGAUUGUGACAUUUUUUUAACUGAUGGUGAGCAUUUUUGAUCUUAACACUGCAUGGCUGAAUGUAUUGACACGUUUCAUGAUAUCAUCAGCAUUUACAUUCAUGUGAUUGUUCUAUUUUAAUAGUCUAGUCAUCAUCAUUUGUAUUUUUAAUAGUUUUUAUAUAUUUUUUUUUAGAUAUAAUUGUUAAAAGUAAAUUGGAUACACAGUUGUCUACAACAUUGUCUGCUUUGAUGCUGUUACGUCUUUGUUACAUGUAUACAAUAUUCACUUUGUCAUAGCUGCUAUAUCUGUGUGUCAAAGGUUUAGUUGAAAGAGUUUUAAAAAUACUAAAAGAAUCAUUCAUGUGAUAAAAUCUGUGUCAGUCUAUAUUAUAAUUUUUACUUCUCCUCUUUCUAAUUGAAUGAUAUACCAAGUCUUUCAUCAGUACAAAUGGAUGUUGAAGUGUUUAGAAAUUUGAUUGUAAACAAAUUAUCCAACAAAAUUAGUAUAUUUAGUGAUCUUUUUGAUAUAUUAAUAAUUAAUUAAUUGAGACUAUUAAAGAUUUGCUUUAGCUCGUUUUUAUCAAGGUAAUUUUUAUACAUGUAUAGGGUAAAUUAUUUAUUAUUUUUGAUACAUUGUAUAAUUUGUCUAAUAAUAAGUUUGAAAACUGUGCAUUGUAAAGCCUGCAUUGCAUAUUACAGAGCAGUGUACAAAAUGGUGAUGUUAGUUCACCAAAGUCAUUCUGGGUAAGUUUUUUUUUUAUGAAUGGAAGUUUCACUUUUGGUUGCAUGUAGUUUGGUAAAUGGAAUACUAAACUUUUGUAAAUGGUGGCUGUUGUAAGAUCGUAUCUAGUAGAAUUUUUCUUUUUCCUGUCGUUAUUCGUGACAUUGUCUUCGGGUGUUUUGUUUUUCUACAGUCAAAGUCGGUGUACCAAAAAGGACAAUUACUUGUUCACAACAUUAGCUUUAAUAGUGCCCAAUGGAAAUUUGUUUUUCAAUCUGUAGGUGGUAAUUUUAAAUGCUUCAGUGAUAGAGUUUUUUGUCUCAAGCUCAGUCGUCCUUAUUUUCUUUUAUUUUAAUUUUUAGUAGAAAUUAUUUUCUGCAUAAUAUAGGUAUAAUGAUUUAUUUUAUGUAUAUAUAUGUAUUACCCUUUUCUCCUUUUCUCAAAAUCUUUUACUUUUAGGGAUAUAUUUGAGAAUUUUCAAUGAUAUAAUCUUGUUUCUGUCAAAAGAAAUUUUUAUUAUUAUAUUGGUAUUUUACCUGGUCUGUUUUAGAGUUUCCAUAUUUUGGUAGUUCCUAACUGUGGCAAGUAAAAGUAAAAAAUGUAAAGUAUUAACAAAGGUAGUUCAUAAUGAACAUUACUAUUGUAGCAAAAAAGGGGGAUAAAAAUCUUUUAAUUUGUUCAAUUGGAGGUUGAACCUGGGGCCCUUGCAUUACUAGUUAGAUAAUCCAUCCACUGAGCUAACCAGGCCGAUAUGUGAAGUUUAGCGAUAUUACUACAAUAUAGAAAUUUAAAUCUAUUUUUGGAAAUCAUACACGACUCCUCAUAUUAAGGAGAUGAAAAAAAAAUUUAGGGGGAAAAAUACAAGAAACAUCACAUAUGUAACCUUAAAUCAAGAACUAAGAAAAUUUUAGUCUUUCAAUCUUGAAUUUUUCAUGAUUUUAUUUAAGUUUACUUGAGCUAUAAGUUCAUGUGAGCUUUUUUUAUUACACUUUAUCUGUCUAAUUGGCAGUCUCUCCAUCUGUCUGUAAACUUUACACAUUUUUGAUUUCUUCUCCAGAACCAUUUGGCCAUUUUCAACCAAACUUGCCAUAAAGCAUCCUUGGGAUAAGGGCCAGUUUAGAAUUGUUACACUCAUUUCAAAGGAGAGAUAGUUAAGAAAUGAUGAAAAUAUGAAGACAUCUUUUAAAAUUCUUCUAUUGAACCACUGGACCAGAAGAGAAAAACUUAUGUAAAAACUUCCUUAAUGAAUGAUUCCUAAUUGUUCAAAUGAUGGCCCCUUGGGGUAGGGUGAGGCCACAAUAUGGGAUCAAAGUUUUACAUGGGAAUAUAUAUAAAACAAACUUUUAAAAACUUCUCAAGAUUAUGAGGACCAUGAUUACUUAUAUUAGCAUGCAAUCAUCCUAAGGUAGUGCAGAUUUAAGUUUGUUUAAUUCAUGGCCCAGGGGAGGUAGGAUGGGACUUCAAUAGGGGAUAAAAAUUUUACAUAAAAAUAAUUAUGAGAAAAUCUUUACAUAUCUUAUUUACUUAUUUUCAAGAGCAGCAAUGCCAUGAUUAGUCAUAUCAAUAUGCAAGCAUUCUUCAGGUAGCACAGAUCAAUGCCCCAGAAUAUGUAGGAAACUGUAAUUAAAAAAAAAAAUCUUCUCAAGAGUUGUAGGGCCACACAAAAUCAUAUUAAUAUGCAAACAUUACCAAGUUGUGUGGACUCAUUUUUUCUUCUUCAGAUUAUGGGCCCUGGGGGUUAGAGUGGGGCUAGAAUCAAGGAGCAAAUUUUCACACGAUACAUUACUUACAUUAAUAGGGGGGGGGGGGGAUCUUCUCCAUAACAGCAAGGCUAAGCUAGUAAUAUUGAUGCAUCCCAAUGUUGUGUUGGUUCAGUCUUUUAAAAAAUUUCUGAUGGAAAACAACAGGACCAAGUUAGCAUUGUGGCCCAUGAGCCUCUUGUCAUUUUAGUAGUAUAAAGAAUUUUGUAACAUGUAUUUUUGAUUUUUAUUCUUUACAAAUGUAUACUUUUGAGAAUUGCCAAUGUACACUGUAUGUAAAAUUUUGUACAAAGAUGUGCUUUGUACUAUGAAAUCUUAAUUGCAAUUAUAUGUUUGUAUGUUUAUAAAAUAUUUCUCUCACAGAAGUAAGUUCUUAUUACAAACUUUCUUCUCAUCUGAUAGAAAUUUUAAUUGUAUUUGCAAAUGUUUUGCACAUCUUAUAUUUAAUAUGUUCAAAAUUAGUUAAAUUAGUCCUUUCAAUUUUUCCCCCCAUUUACAUUACAUGUUGUUUGUCAUGGAUAGUGGCAUAUUCUAUAUAAUGUGACCAUUCAACAUGUUUCUUCAUACACAUUUUCUUUAAUGUUGAAUUGAUAUCUCAUUUCCCCCUCAUCUUGAUACGCAAUUUGUUUUACGUUUGGUCAGAAGUCAAUCAUCAAUGUAUUGGCCUUUGUUUUGUUUGUUUUUUUUUUUUUGUUUUUUUUAUACUUCUGAUGUCUAUGUAAGUGUAUUUUCAAACAUGGACAGUUUGUGAACAUAUUUAUUGUCAUACUUAUUCUUGUGGAGAAUCUGAGGGAUGAAGACUGUUCGUUCAUUAAACAUAAUUGAGUAAAUUAUGUAAAUGUAGACACCCCCACCCCCACCCCCUAAGAAGUCCAGCAUUGAUAGGCACUUUAUAAAUGUAAUAUAGAUUAUUUGAUGCUAUAUACAAAUAAUGUAUAUGUAAUAUUAGUCUUCAGUGGGGUGUUUUCUUCAUUUUUUGGGGUCAUUUUUAUAUUAACAGCAUUACUUAGAAGCUGUGGAUUAAAUGAUUAGUCACAGAAUGCCAUUGGAUACCUAUUUAGUUCUUGAACUAUCGCUCUUUAGUAGUGAGUCCAUUAUCAUAUUCAAAUUUACAUAAAAACAUCAAACAUAAAAAAUAUUAUAUCUUCCAGGUUAUUGAUUUGGAAUUAGGAAUUCAUCGUAACUGUUUGAAAGUGAAUUUAUUGCUUUGGUGAUCCAGCAAAUUUCAACAUUAACAAAGAGUGCAUCUCUCACAUUAUUUAACAUUUUAUGCUUUAUUAACAGUAGUUGGUGACCUUAGGAAGAGUGAAAGCUUAAGCAUAUCAAUAAAUAAUGCAAUUAGUUAAUAUUUUAAAUGUUUUAACAUUGAAAAUAUAUUAUCGUUAUUGAUCUACCAUUUGCACACAAUUUGAGGCACUUAUUAACAAAAAUCUAAAUAAAGGGCCUUUCAUUUCUUUUUCAGAAAAUUAGCUGUUGGCCACUACGAUUGCUAUGCAAGUAGGUGGUAGUGAAAUUUUUGUUACAGACUGUAUGAGCCAGACCACUGAGAGUGGUAGUGAAUUUUUGUUACAGCCUGUAGGAGCUAAGAUCUUGGCUUUGUUGCUUUGUGUCAUUUUGGACUUGUGGAAAUGACAUUUAUCUAUUCUAAAGUAUCUAAACUUACUGCCAUAGGAAAUAUUGGCCCUGUGAAAUUUAGUGCAAACUGCCAUAUGACGAUGUGUACCGGUAAACUGCAGAAUCUUACUCACUGAUAUCUGCUUAAAAAGUAAUUGUUAUAGUAGAAUUCAUAUACAUGUAGCAUUACUUUAUUAAAAAUUUAAAUGUCUUUCCUAAGAAAAGCUAAAAAGAAUUUGCAAGUAUCCUGAUACAAUUGAAAACAAAUUCAGAUAAGUUAGGUUGCUUAUCACAGCAUUUGGUUAUUGCUUAGAUAUAUUAGAAGGCUAGCUUUUGACAACUUGAAGGUUUAAUGUCAAGAUAUUCUUGGCACCUUGUGACUACUAAACCGUCGAUAUAAAGAAUUUUUCCUGUCCCUCUUUCACUAAACUGAAGCCAUCUGAAAUUAAUUCUGUGUUUAACGUCAGAUCAAAACUUACAAGAGAGGGAGGAAAAAUAUAAACCAAAAAAAGUUUCAAACAAAUCAUUUAUCAAUUAAAAUUUAUUUGUAUAGGGAGAAAUUGAAAACAAUUCAUAUGUACAUAUUGAUAUUUGAGUCUAGAUGUUGAGCAUGUAUUUUGUCAUCAAAAGUAAAACUUAAUGCCUAAUUUGAAUAAGAAUUUCUUUGUUUUUGUCAAAGGGUGAUUUCACCAAAAACUACAUGUGUGGUCGACGUUAAAUGUAUAAUUAAUUCAGGACAGCCAUAUGGUGAAUAAGUAGAUCUCUGAUAUAGUUUAGUUUUACAACAAUCCUUCUUAUUUGAUAUACAUUGUUUAGAAAAACUUGGAAUCCAACAUUUAGAAUAUUGUUCUCUUGAUAUAUUGGUAAUAUUGAAAGUUUGUGUAAAGGCUUGAUAAUUGGUAUAGCUUAAUAUUUACAAUAUUUAUUUUUACUUCAAGCUGAAAAUGCUAAAAUAUAGUUGAAUGUUCAUAAUAUAAUUGUUAAAGUCUGAAAUAGUGGAAUAAAGAGUUCAAUAACAUGCUUUAUAAACAUUAAGAUUAACCAAUAUUAAUUACAAUUUGUUGUAAUUUUUGUGUAGUGAUGGUAUAAUGUGUGUGUUCGGUAAGGAUUUAAUGAUUUGCCUGACUAGCGUGUAAUUCAAUUAAUAUUUUUUCACUAAUGUGCCAAAGUUUAUACCUGUUUACGUUUUUUUUUUUUUUUACAUACUUGCAUAUAUUAAAAAAAAUCUCAUACAUUAAACCAAUGCAGCGAUGGUGUUACAAUAUUAGAUACAUUUUUGUAUAAAAGAUGGAGAAAAUAAUCUAUAAAUAGUGCCUUAAUGAAUGCAUUUUAUUAUAGCCAUGACUUCCCGAAGAGUGAAAAGCUCCCACCUAUAGCUGUGAACAGACAGUAACUCUUUCCCUGUCAGGCAUCUUCUAACUCUGUUUUACAUGUCUGUGUGCCAUGACAUUUGACAAUGUUAUAUCUGUGAUAUAGUCACGUAGUGUUUGUGUAUUUCAACACUCUCUACUCAGAAUCAAAAGGUCUCAUUUUGUUCUUGUUGUGUAAUUUUUCGUCCAGUUGUGUGCAAAUGAAGUAGAUUGGGUUUUUUUUUUUGUUGUUGUCAUAAUCAAGUUAAUUUAUAAGUAGCACUAGAUUUUAGUGUGAAGUUGUUGAUGUCAUAUUUUGUUAUUUGUUUAUUUUAUAUAUACAAGUUUAUCAUGAUUCAAAUUGUAUUUGGGGUCAUUUCUUUAGCAUUGAUUAUGUAAUUAAAAUGUUUUCAGCUAGUACAAGUGAUGCAAUGAUUAUAACGGAACCUCAAGAUUCUUAAACAACUUUGACAUGUAUUUUUUUUCCACAUAUACAUAUUUAAUAUAGGGUAUAAGACUUCAUACAAGUCUGUAAUUGCGUUUUAAAAAAAAAAAAUUGAAUGAUAAUCGGCAAAGGUUUCAAUGGUUGUGGUACAGAUGUAAUCUCCGAGAAAUUCCAUACACAUGUAUUUCAUUGUACGUAUAAAUUAUCUGACAAUGAGUAUAUUUUAUUUUUACUCUGUAAGCAGCAAUUGCCAAAAAAAAAAGUUUUAUUAAGAAAGUUAUGUGUAAACCAUAUACAGACUGGUAUAAAGAAUCAUAGGUUUGACUACUAUGCAGCUUUUAGAAGUUUUACAUACAAAAGUGCUAUAUUGACAAUAAAAUUUAGUCAAAUUCAA